GUCAUCAUCCUCAGAUGUCGUCUCGCAGCGCGCGGGGAGCCAACAAUGGCGGCUCCGUUCCUCGAUCGGAGAAGGUGAGAAGCUGCGUGCGGAGCGCGUCUCGCGCCGUUUGCUGGUGCUCCGUUCCGCGCGGCCAGGCCACCGCGAACACAUGUCCGCUCGCGAAGCAAACAUCUCGGUCUCGGAAGACCAGCAGCAUGCGCGCGUCCUCUCCACGAAGCCACGAACACAACAUGGCGGCGUCGUGUCGUGCCCGCAGAAUUCCGAGCGUUCCCGAGCGCGCGCGCAAGAGUCUCGCCAUCCAUCGCCGAGCACGCAGCUUCGUCGCUGGACUAGGCGGUCCGGGCUCUGCGUCAGUGGCGCGCGAUGGACGCCUUCUUCAGCGGCCUCGACUCCCGGCUGCGGGUGUCGGUGAAGGCGGUGGACUCCAUCAUGGUGGGGCUAGUGAACGCCGCCAUGGAGGACGCCUACAGGAAGAGCCUCUGGAAGGACGGCGACCUGGACCGCCUCUUCCACAAGCUCCGCUUCGCCGAGCUCGCCAUCAUGCAGCUCGAGUGGUGCCUCCGCUUCGUGUGCGGCGAGAUGGAGGACGACGACGGCCAGGAGCAGCUGCUCGACGACCUCCUCGAGACGCGGGACCAGAUCCAGGCGCGCCUCGACGAGGCCGAGCUCGCCGUCGCCGAGGCGGACCGAGACUACAUGCGCCGGAAGCGCGCGGAACUCGCCCCGGCGCGCGGCCGCGAGACGCCGCCCGCGGCCGGGCGCCAGGGCGCUGAGGAGGAGUGCGGCCGUGCGUUCGGCGAGCUUAGGGUGUCGGUGAUCCGGAAGAUGUCGAGGAUGAGGGCCAGGCUGGAGGACGCGAGCUCCACGCUGGCAGCGCUCAUGGAGAAGGUGAGCGGCGAGGCGUCGCCCAUGGCGAGGCUGCAGGAGGCCGGCCACGAGGGCGAAGGGGUCAAGGGGCUCUCGGGAUUCUACGGCAUGGCGCAGCUGCUCAUGGAGUUUCAGGAAAUGGUCCUGGACGCCGGCGUCGUCAGAGACAGCGUCGCGUCUUCGUUCGACGCCAUGGAGAGGUCGGUCUCCGCGCUGGGGGCGGCCAUGGAUGAGCAGCAGUGGCUCAUGGAUGCAGAGAGGGAGAUGUACAGCGCCGUUGUGGAGGGUUUUGUCAGGGAGAUCAACGUGGGAUCCGAUCGCACGUCUUCUCCAGGUGAAGGAUCUCGUCCACCUACGUUGCAUCAUGACAGUGACGCUACUGAGAAUAGCCUGGAAGAAUUCCAAUCUUCAGAGGAUGAAACUAGAAAGUCAGAUAGCAGACAGUGCUAUCAAUUAGGAGAGCAUUGUAUCCACCGUGAGGAAGCUGAAAGGCUAACAGGAGUAAAGAUUGAUUCAGAUGUCGGAUCUGAUCUACAAUGUGUGUUAUAUACAGCAGUAUUCAGAGACUUGGUGAGGAAAUUGGCUGUUCAGGCAUAUGAUUUACAGAAACUAAAAGAAGAGAAGGAUGAAAUGGACAUCGCAAGUAAACUGCAGUGCGAGAUAUAUGGCUCUAUAUUCAAAGACUCGCUGAAGAAACUGGAUGAACUGGCUGUUGAUUCUGCUGAUCAUUUUAUCAAGACCUUAAUCAAAGAUGAAGUGCAUGCGGUUUUUCUUGCCAAGACUUUAAAUGCUUGGAAGAGCGCAACUGAAAUGGUUCAUAGUGAGAGACACAUCAAAGAAGAGAUGAUGCAAAACAAUGUAACCACUGAAGAUGAAGGCCCAGAUUCCGAUCAACAUGGAGUACCUGUGAAGCAAGAGAUUUUAAGUUUCGGUGCAAACCACGACAGGCGAAAUUCAAAAGGGGGUGAUCAGCAGGCUGAAAUGUCAACAGUCAGAGAUGAUGUCUCUUAUUCAGUUAAGAACAAUGUUAAGGACGGAUUGGAAUACCAAAGGAAGGCACAAACAGGGGAGAUAGAUAUAGGUUUCAGCAUGACCCCUGAAAGCACAAUCAAGGAAAUGCUCAUUCGAUCAACAAAAUUUCAGGCAAUGUCCAUGGAUUUUGAAGCUGUUACCUGUGGAAAAUUAGAAACAGCUGUUCUAAGAUUGAGAGACUUGGAUAAACAAUUGGCGAAUCUGGUUGAACAAGUGAGUUCUCUUAAAAAAAGUGAACUCAUUUACCGGACGGCUUUCACCAGGAGAUGUUGCGACCUCCAAACAGCAGAAGCAGAGGUGGAUCUUCUUGGCGAUGAGGUGGAUCUACUUCUGGGACUUCUCAGCAAGACAUACAAAGUUCUGGAUCACUACUCGCCAGUUCUUCAACACUAUCAUUGGAUCAGGGAGACGCUGAGCAUGCUUGGGAAGGAGCUUGCCCUAAGGCAUCAGAUUCGUUAA